AAACGUGAUUCGAGGACCCCGCCAAAAACGUCGAAAGCUUGAGCUACUACUACGCUGCUUGAACGCACUAAUUAAGAACUUCUUUAACUCCAUACUUACAACUACAACUUAUUCCGGAUCACCGCUCUUUUCUUCUUUCUAUGACACCUAUCUAACUUCUUCUGUUCUCUCAACCUUAUCUAUAUUAUCUAUCUCUCCUGCCUACCUAGAUACCUAUAAUUAAUAACCUAGAAGACUACACCUCUUAAUCAUGUUCAACUGGGCAAAGCAAACUUUGGCUAAUGUCGUGGGAACGGAAGAGCCUAUCUACGGGCCUUCGGCCAUAAAGUCCAUCGCUGAAGAUGCUAAGACGACGCCGUAUACCGAGUUGAAGAGAACCGACCUAAAAUGGGCGGCCAUGGACUCGACCUGCGUUGAGACACAGACCUUCUAUUUCACGGCGGACAACGGCAACUUAGCUUUUUGCCAGGUCAUUUAUAGCAACGUGGCCGGCAUUCGCACGACUUGCCAGUUCAACUCAAAAAUCUUUUUCGCUGACGCUUCGAAACCUAACCUAUGGAGCACCACACCUUUGAGUCAUCAUGAAUUCAGCGAGGAUAAGACCGGCUUUUAUGCCACCGAUUGCGCUUUAGAGCUGUCCGAGGAUGGGACGACGUACACGAUCAAGUCGAUGAACGAUCCCCAGGCCAUUGUCAAUCUUAAAGUGACGAGGGUUGCGCCGGGUUUCGUUGCUGGGAAGGAUGGCAAGACCUUGUUUGGCACCGAUCUAUCCGAUCCGUGGGGCAGCAUGCGACACGCCUUUUGGCCGAGAGCUGUGGCUGAAGGAACCAUCAUGACAAAGGACGGUCCUGUCGACUUCAAGGGGAAAGCGUUCUAUUCCCACGCUCUCCAGGGCAUGAAGCCCCACCACGCGGCAGCGCGGUGGAACUUUGUCAACUUCCAGGGUCCGACUUAUUCCGCAAUUAUGAUGGAGUUCACCACGCCACCAUCGUACGGUGCUACCGUAGUCGACGUUGGUGGUAUUGCCAAAGACGGCGAGAUCAUUACCGCCGGGACCAGCUGUGGUGCCAAGCACCUCAAGACGAAGCAAGACUCAGAGAACGACUGGCCCGAGCCCACCGAGAUCAAAUUCACCUGGUCCGGCACCACGAAAGAUGGGAAGGCUGUUGAGGCCGUUAUUGAAGGUUCGUUCGGUGACAGGGUUGAUAGGAUUGACGUCAUGGCGGAAGUCCCCGGUUUUGUCAAGAAGAUUGUUGCUGGCGCUGCCGGCACCAAGCCGUACAUAUACCAGUUCUACCCGCACCAGCACAAGAUCCCUACCGUGCUCAAACUCAAAAUCGGGGACCAAGAGAUCACAGAAGAGGGACGCCUGUUCAGUGAAGCAACCUUCAUAUCAGAAACAGACUGAGCUUCUCGUGGCUUAAGAUGAAGCAGAGGUUAGACGCCUAGCACUAAUAAUGGCUAAGAUAAGCUAGGCAGGGCGCAGCUAGCAUCACAUUUAGAAUACGGACGCUUGGUUGAAGCAUAUUUCCUUGUAGAAAGGAUCGACUGCGUUAUAAUUACCCACCUUCGGCUAGCAUGCAGUCAGGAUAUUUCGCCUGGAUGACUUAGGCACAUUGGAGUUCAUAGAGGCAUUUGAUCACUCGUUGAGAUCCUGAGGAGUGAGGCCAUAAUCAAAUCCCACUGUUCAAGACCUUAUAGUGUCUUUAUAGGCUACAUUACUAACGCUAUUUUUAAUAUAAUCUUUGUUCUUUGGAGUAUAACGUUUAGCAGAACAAUAUGGGUUGAUUGAGGGGGAGGGGUAUGUAAGUUACUCCGGUGCUACAUAGGUAGCUGACGAUCGAUCAAUAUAUUAUGAGUGUAACUAUCUACCAA